AAAAUUACAAGGAUCGUCAUGUUGAUUUGUACAGAUUUGGAAUUUAUUCACAGAAAAGUAGGGCACAACAUGUAAAUCUUAUUAAAAAUUCAAUUAAGGUGUUUCAGCAUGGACCCCAAGGGUAAUUGGGCCCAGGAUGUCUUACGGUGCCAUCUGUGUGAGACUCCGGUCCCUCCUAUGUACUGUGACAUUUGUCACAUACAUCUGUGUAAAGCCUGUGUGGGGGAGCAUCUAUCAGACGAAUCCACAGAACACAAAGUGGUGCCAUUCAAAAGGCGGGGAUCUAACACUAAAUGUCAAAGACAUUCCUCAAAAAUAUGUGAACUUUUCUGUAAACAAUGCGACAUUCCUAUUUGUGUAAAGUGUGUUUCUUCUGAAGAACACAAAGGUCAUGAAUUUAUUGACGUGGUGGAAACACUAGAAAACCAAAAAGAAAUCAUACUGAGAGAUUUACAAGAACUAGAGAAAUCCAUCUCUCCUAAAUAUCAGGAGAUUGCAUCUAUCAUCCUAGUUAUGAAAGCUGAUCUGAAUGAAAACUCCAAGAAACUGACAAAAGCUAUUGAGAAACAUGAGGAAGACUUGCACAGAGAAAUAGACACCAUGAUCAAGAAACUAAAAUCAGAUCUUGAUGAAAUGGACUCCAAUUAUCUGACUGUACUAAAUAAACAGGAAAAUGAAAUCAAGCGCACUAUUUCUGUAAUCAAACAGAGCAUUGCUGAUCUGAAGAAGUUACUAAACUCAAAUGAUGUCAGUCACAUCUCUGCCUAUAAAUCCAGGAAUGAUGAAUUGAGAAGAUUGCCUCCUAAAAUCACAGCUAACUUACCAAAAUUUACCCCUGAGAAAAUAAACAAAGAACAGCUUUAUCAACUGUUUGGUUCUCUGUCAGCGUUAUCUAUUAACUCAGAAGAACAUGACUACACAAUGGAUUCGCCUAAUGCAGAGUCCUCUCCCCCAGACAGACCACUCAUUAAUGUACCACGGGUCAUCACAGAAAUAAAUACCGAGUUUGGAAGUAAUAAUCUAUUACGCCGUGUGUCAUGUCAGAGUGAUGAAGACGUUUGGACAUGUGGUAAUGACUAUAUGAUGAGACUCUACAACCUGCAGGGUGAACUAGUGAAGUCAGUCCAAACCAAGUCAGGGAACAAGCCAGAGGACAUAGCAGUGAUAAGGAGUGGGGAUCUAGUUUAUACAGAUAAAGGUGAUAGAACUUUAAACAUAAUAAAGAAUACACAGAUACAGACAGUGAUCAGAGUACAGGGGUUGAAACCUCUUAGUUUCUGUUGUACCUUAUCUGGUGACCUCCUGGUUGUCGUAAACAGUGAUAAUAAUGAACAAACAAAAGUUAUGCGUUACUUUGGCUCCACAGAGAAACAGAGUAUUCAAUGCAAUGACAAAGGACAGCCUCUUUUUUCAACAGGUAUCAUUAAAUACAUCUGUGAAAACAGGAACCUAGAUAUCUGUGUGUCAGACAAUAGAGCUCGUACAGUAGUGGUGGUCAACCAGGACGGGAAACUCCGGUUUACCUACACUGGUAAUAGCUCUAGUGCUACCUUGGGAUGUCCACGUGACAUCACUACAGAUAGCAAGAGUCACAUCCUAAUAGCAGACAGCAGCAACUGCAUCCACAUUUUGGACCAGGAUGGCCAGUUCCUCCGCUACAUUGACAACUGUCAAUUACAGACUCCAUGGGGUUUAUGUGUGGACUCCAGGGACAACCUCUUUGUGGCCGAGUUUUACUCGGGUAAAGUGAAAAAAAUCCAAUAUAACAGAUAAAUGCUUUGUUAAAACCAACAAACAUGUAUCUACUGUGGCAGUGAAUAUAAAUGUGAUCAUUUAAAGAGCCUAUGUAACAUAUAUUCUUGUAUAACAGAUGUAAACAAACUGAGUGUAUAUUCAUAUAACUUAUAUACAUGUACUUAUAUAAAAAAGAUUGUUUUGUGCACAUGUGAUAAGUGAAAGCGAAAUGUUGUACUUUUUUAAUGUUUUUUAUUAAUAUACACAUGUAUGCAGAUUGAAAUGAUUAAAUUAUAAACUAAACAAAAAUAAAAUUUGUUUAUACCUAUGUUAAAUGUAAACAGAUUAAAUUUAAUCAUCACAAUGUUGCAUUACUUAAUAUGAUAUACAUACCAUUUAGCUAUUUGUUAUAUAUAUUUUAAAUUGUAUGUAUCAAACACUUAUAAUUGUAAAUUUAUGAAUUAUCAAGUGAAGACUCUAAGCAAAUGUGCAAUAACGGUAUUCAAGGACUGAUGAAAGUAAAAUCAAGUUAUCUUUACAUGAAGUAAAGAA